AUGGGCAUCAUCCGGAAAACCUUCCUGACCGGCCUCACUGGCGUUGCCGGCGCGGGCGCCUUCGUCACCUACCUGCACUCCCAGACGAGCCUCAUCUGCCCGCUGCCGUACAGCGACCCCAUCUGGUCGUCCGCGCCGUACCAGCGGUACAACAUCCACCGGAACCCGUCCACGCAGGACGUCGUGCUCAAGCGCAUCCCGAUCGACAAGAUCAGGCCCGAGCUGCUCAAGGAGGACGGCGCGCUGGUGACCGAGUUCUGCCGCGGCGUCUGGGCCGGCUGGGGCCACGAGAUCCAGCGCCGCUACCUCGCGCGCAAGUACAAGGGCCCGCGCACGGCCUCGCAGCUCUGGAGCAAGAAGGAGCUGCGCGAGUCGGACUACGCCCCCGGCACGCAGCUCGUGGACCACUUCGAGGUGGUCGAGAAGACGCCGACGUCGAUCACGGUGCGGUGCGGCGACAGCCCCCUGAAGGCGGGGCCGCGGCCCUCGGACGGCAUCUUCGUCAUCAGCGCCGAGGUGGACCGGGAGCGCGGCGAGGUCGAGCUCGGGCUCAAGAGCUGCUUCUUCCAGAGCCACCAGCGCAUCGAGGGCAUCGCGGGGCCCAUGCCCCUGUGGAUGGAGUACCUGCACACCGACUACACGAACUACAAGUACCUCCUGCUGGAAAAGGGAUCAGCGUACCGGUUUGCUUCUUGCAGUGAUCGUGGGCCCAAACAGGCAGGACAACCCGAACUCGAAAUGUGUGGAGAGGCCAAGCAGUGGCCCCCCUCUCGAUAUUCCCCCGCAGCACCCCCUCCGGUAUUCGUCGGCAGAUCACCACCUGGGAGCAUGGACACAACCCCACCACCGGCCCUGUCGUUACGGCCAUCGGCCGCGGGCAAGGUCAACGGCCGCGCGGGCACGCCAGGGCCGCCCGCCUACCAGGCUCACCCGCUCGGGCCGCUCUCUCGGGACGAGAUAUCUCAUGCAUCAGACCUCAUCCGCCAGUCGUGGCCAGAGGGGACCAAGUUCCAGUUCAAGGUCAUCACGCUGCUGGAGCCGGCCAAGUCGGAGCUCGCCCCGUAUCUCCAGGCCGAGAGGAAAGGACAGACCCCGACCGACAUUGACCGGCGGGCCUUUGUCGUCUACUACCUGAAGAACACUGAUAAAUUGCACGAAGCCGUGGUGAACCUGAGCCAUAGCAAGGUCGAGAGCAAUGUCCGGCUAGGACCUAACAUCCACGCCAACGGCGACGGCGAGGAGAUCGUCGCUAUCGAGAAAGCGCUGCUGCAAGACCCGGCUGUUCAGGCCGAGCUUGCCAAGCUGAAGCUUCCCGAAGGCAGUGUCGUGGUCUACGACCCUUGGAUCUACGGAUCCGAUGGCGUCAACGAGGGCGACUUCAACGAUGACAAGCGUCUCAUGCAGUGUUUCCUGUAUAUGAGGGAUCCCAAGAACCCCUCCGAAGAAGACAGCUGCCAUUAUGCUUUUCCGCUGCCCAUCUCUCCGGUCGUGGACCCGACGAACAUGAAGGUCACCCGCAUUGACAUCCUCCCAACCGGCCUUGAUGAGAAGAUCAAGCCGCUGGAGCCUUGGAAGCCAGUGCCCGCCAACGAAUACAUACCCGAGGCACACCACCUCCGCAACGACCUCAAGCCUCUCCGAGUCGUCCAGCCCGAGGGCGCCUCGUUCACCGUAGACAAGUUCUCGGAGAUGGGCCACGAGAUCCGGUGGCAGAAGUGGGACAUGAAGGUCGGCUUCAACCAGCGCGAGGGCAUGGUACUCUACGACGUGCACUAUGACAACAAGCCGCUGUUCUACCGUCUCAGUCUGUCCGACAUGUCUAUCCCAUACGCUGACCCGCGGCAUCCCUUCCACAAGAAGGCGGCCUUUGAUCUGGGCGAUGUCGGCGCCGGCAUCAUGGCAAACAAUCUCAAGCUCGGCUGCGACUGCCUCGGCUCCAUCUACUACAUCUCGGGCGUCCUGUCCGACUCGGAAGGAAACCCGGUCGACUACCCCAACGUCAUCUGCGUCCACGAGCAGGACGCCGGCAUCUCGUGGAAGCACACCAACUACAGGACGAACCGGGCAUGCGUGGUCCGCAACCGCGAGCUGGUCCUGCAGACGAUACUCACCGUGUCCAACUACGAGUACAUCCUGGCCUUCAUCUUCAACGUCUCGGGCGACAUCACGUACGAGGCGCGCGCGACGGGCAUCCUGUCGACGCAGCCCGUCGACCUCGACCUCGCCGAGACGCCGCACCCCUACGGCACGGUCGUGCACCCGGGCUGCCUGGCCGGCUUCCACCAGCACUUCUUCUCGCUGCGCAUCGACCCCAUGGUCGCGGGCCACGGCAACGCCGUCGUCUACCAGGACGCCGUGGCCCUGCCGCGCGACCCCGCCGCCAACCGCCACGGCGUCGGCUACACGGUCGAGACGCACCCGGUGCAGACCUCGGGCGGCUACGACCUCGACGUCGCCCGCGCGCGCACCUACAAGAUCACCAACCCGGCCGUCCGCAACGCCGUCAACGGCCAGCCCGUGGCCUACAAGCUGCACGUGCCGCCCAUGCAGCCCAUCCUCGCCGACGCCGAGAGCUACCACCGCCGCCGCGCCGAGUUCGCCGACCGCAGCGUCUACGUCACGCGCUACGCCGAGGGCGAGCUGUACGCCGGCGGGCUCUACACGAACCAGAGCCGCGGCGGGGCGGGAGUGCGCACGUGGGCGGCCCGCGGCGACUCGCUGGCCGCGGGCGACCCCGUCGUGUGGGUGCAGUUCGGCAUCAACCACGUCCCCCGCGUCGAGGACUUCCCCGUCAUGCCGUGCGAGACGAUGCGCGUGGCGCUGCGGCCGGCCAACUUCUUCGACCGGAACCCGGCCAUCGACGUGCCGCCCAGCACGCAGGAGGCCAACUGCAGCGUCAGGCUCGACGGCGGGGACGUGCGAGGUGGGGGAGGUGGUGGCGGUGCGGCGGUGCUUGGAGGGCAGAGCGGUGCGCUGAGCGGGUGUUGCGGCUCUCACGGCGUGGCGUGA